CCCCUGUUUCUGCCACCAUGAGCGUGAGUGUUUCAUCCCCGGUGCUGCUGCCGUUACAGAAUUCGACGCGAAAUGACCUCAGCCAAUUCUUUGUCGGAGGAUUAAGCUUCUUUCUUCCAUCUUCCUUUCAAGAAUUGCUUGCUUGGUCCUUUCGCUGCUUUCUUCGACGCAGCAUUCUCCUCCUCCUUCCCCCCCUGUUGUUGUCAUCUCGAGCUAACAAUGUCAAACCAGUACGGAUACGGCAACAACAACCAACAGAACCCCUACGCCCAGCAGGGUAACCAGGGCGGUUAUGGUGGUAACCAGAACCCUUACGGCGGUUCGCAAGGUGGCUAUGGCCAACAGCAGCAACAGCAGUCUGCCUACGGUGGCAACUCCGGUCGCUACAACCAGUCCUCUGACGGAGGUUAUGCCGGAUCUAACGUUGAAAUGGCCCCUCUUACUCACAACGCUGGCUCCAUGGGAUCCGACCCCAACUCUAUCCUGAACGAAUGCCGCGAUAUUGACCGUGGUGUUGAUAAGAUUGAGCGCAACCUUGAGCAGCUUCGUAUGCUCCAGCAGAGAACCCUCGAUGACGCCGAUAGCUCCUCUUCCAGCUCUGCCAACCAGCAGCUCGACUCUCUUUCUUCGGAAACCAUGUCUAUGUACCGUGAUCUUACUGAGCGUGUCCGCACUGUCAAGUCCAACCCCGACUCCCGCACACCCAAGAACAACCCCCAAGUUGGCCGUGUCGACCGCCGACUCAAGCAAGCCAUCCAGCAGUACCAGCAAGUUGAGUCCCAGUUCCGCAAGAAGACCCAGGAUCAGAUGGCCCGCCAGUACCGCAUUGUCCGCCCUGACGCCUCGGAGCAGGAAGUCCGCGCAGCUGUCGAGGACACCAGCAACAACCAGGUCUUCAGCCAGGCUCUUAUGCAGAGCGAUCGCCAAGGUCGCGCCCGUGCUGCCCUCAGCGCCGUCCAGGACCGUCACAAGGCUCUCGUCAAGAUUGAGCAGCAGAUGGUUGAGCUUUCCCAGCUCUUCCAGGAUAUGGAUACCCUAGUUGUUCAGCAGGAAGCUGCCGUCAUGCAGAUCGAAGCCAAGGGUGAGGAGGUUGUUGACAACCUCGACAAGGGUAAUGAGGAGAUGGGCGUUGCCGUCAAGACUGCUCGUGCCACAAGAAAGAAGAAGUGGAUCUGCCUCGGUAUCUGUGUUGCCAUUAUCCUUAUCAUCGUCAUUAUUGUCGUCGUGUACUUCCUUGUCAUCCGCCCCCCGCAAACAAACAACGGCGGCGGCAAGCGCUCUCUCGAUGCUGUUGCUGCGCUCAAGCCAUUCAUGGUCAGCGGUGGCGAGGCUCUCGGUCAGCUCACAGACAGCGGUAGCUUCCAAGAUGUUGCUAAUGACUUAUUGUAA